GUUUAAGUCGAGCGCACGGUAGGGGACUGAAAUUUGCCUGCGCUUUUAUCAAUACGGGCCGCCGGUAGCGCCGCCUAGCGGCUGCCGCCAGUACCGCCUCGGCUUCGAGUGCGCACACUCAAUGCCCUACGUCGCCGCACUAUCCACUCCUUCUCCUUCAAAACAAUAAGGGAAACUGAUUUAAUUUUACGCGAACGCAUCCUUGCGAUACGUCAAAAACGCGCGAGUUUGUAACCGGAAACGAAGUCGUAACGUGCACCGUGUGUCAAUAAUAGAACACUUCUCCCCCGCCUAUGGUCUUUAUUUGUUGUUGUUUUAUUUCGUUACAUUGAUUUUAUCAUAAAAGUGUAGUUUAACCCCCAAGGAGACGUUCUGGCAAUAUCGAAACGAUAUACACAAUCAACGUUACUCGAGAAUCGAAUAAAACGCAAUAACUAAGUUUAUAUUAAAACGCCUUAUAUUGCUAGGGUUCAUUUAAAGUGGCCGGGACAGCCGGAAAAGUGGAGAACGUCACGGCCAACAGGAGCGCCGGGUUUACCCCGGUAACAGACAGAUACAGUGUUAUCCUGACGAUAUCAACCAACGCUUCUGACGGAUUCGCCUUAAUAAACGAUUACAACGCCGCCCCGCUGUUCGCCUCGGAAAACGCCUCCAGUGAAGUGUGGAGUGCGGGCGGCGGGGCCGGCGCCGGCGCAUCAUGCGGUAGCAGCGGCAUGGACCUCAAGCACGAGGUGGCGUACCGCGGGCUGCCAGGCGCGGUGAAGGCCGAGCCGGGCGUGAGCCACAACGGCGCGGUAAACGGGCACGUGCGGGACUGGAUGGCGGGCGGCGCGGGUGCCAACUCGCCGUCGCCGGCGCCGCAGCCGAACAACGGAUAUUCGUCCCCACUGUCCUCGGGCAGCUACGGCCCGUACAGCCCCAAUGGAAAAAUAGGUCGCGAGGAGUUGUCGCCAGCGUCCAGUAUAAACGGGUGCAGUACAGAUGGGGAGGCGCGACGGCAGAAAAAGGGCCCGGCGCCGCGGCAGCAGGAAGAACUUUGCUUGGUUUGCGGAGAUAGAGCCUCCGGAUACCACUACAAUGCGCUCACGUGUGAAGGAUGUAAAGGUUUCUUCAGGCGGAGUGUCACCAAAAACGCUGUAUACAUUUGCAAAUUCGGUCACUCGUGUGAAAUGGACAUGUAUAUGCGACGGAAAUGCCAAGAAUGUCGUCUAAAGAAAUGCCUAGGCGUCGGCAUGAGGCCCGAGUGCGUGGUGCCCGAGAACCAGUGCGCGAUAAAACGGAAAGAGAAGAAAGCUCAGAGGGAGAAGGAUAAACUGCCGGUCAGCACGACGACGGUUGACGACCACAUGCCGCCCAUCAUGCAGUGCGAUCCCCCGCCGCCGGAGGCAGCUAGAAUUCUGGAAUGUUUGCAGCACGAAGUGGUCCCGCGGUUCCUGUCCGACAAGCUCCUGGAGCAGAACCGGCUCAAGAACAUCCCGCCGCUCACCCCCAACCAGCAGUUCCUCAUCGCCAGGCUCGUGUGGUACCAGGACGGGUAUGAGCAGCCUUCUGAAGAGGAUCUCAAGAGGGUUACACAGACGUGGCAGCAAGCAGACGACGAGGACGAGGAGACCGACACGCCGUUCCGGCAGAUCACGGAGAUGACGAUUCUCACCGUUCAGCUCAUCGUGGAGUUCGCCAAGGGCCUCCCGGGCUUCGCCAAGAUCUCGCAGCCUGAUCAAAUUACGCUGCUAAAGGCCUGUUCAAGCGAGGUGAUGAUGCUCCGAGUGGCGCGGCGAUACGACGCGGCCACCGACAGCGUGCUGUUCGCGAACAACCAGGCGUACACCCGCGACAACUACCGCAAGGCCGGCAUGGCCUACGUCAUCGAGGACCUGCUGCACUUCUGCCGGUGCAUGUACUCCAUGCAGAUGGACAACGUGCACUACGCAUUGCUUACGGCGGUCGUCAUCUUCUCAGACCGGCCCGGGCUGGAGCAGCCGCAGCUGGUGGAGGAGAUCCAGCGGUACUACCUGAACACGCUGCGCAUGUACAUCCUCAACCAGACCGGCGGCUCCCCGCGCACGUCCGUCGUGUACGGCAAGAUCCUCUCCAUCCUCUCCGAGCUGCGCACCCUCGGCACGCAGAACUCCAACAUGUGCAUCUCGCUGAAGCUCAAGAACAGGAAGCUGCCGCCGUUCCUCGAGGAGAUCUGGGACGUGGCGGACGUGUCCACGACGCAGGCGGCGCCCGUCCUGGAGUCCUCGGCGACGCUCUAGCAACCCUCGCCACGCUCGCCGGCCGGCCGCGGCCUGCUGUAGCCUGCCUGUAGCCUGCUGCCUGCUGCCUGCCUGCAGCCUGCUGCCCGGCGAACACUCGGAGAGAACGCUCAUAGACUGGCUAGUUUUAGUGAAGUGACACGGACACUAAGUCGGACGUGAUGAUUGUAUUUAUAAGGAUUGUGCAAAUUUUAACACUUAAGAAGGGCGCGCGCGCCCCAUUUCGUACGUAUUCGGUGACCGACGACGAAAAUGUGCGGGAGAUUAGUGAAUAUAUGUGUUGUUGAACGUUUGGAGAAUAUAUAUUUAGUGUUGAUCGUUGGGCGGCGGAGUCGUUCCGAGCCCGGGCGAGUCGGUCACUCGGAUACGACUGUAUGAUAAGACUUCGUCAAUAAGUACACCUCCUAAAAUAAUCAUACGUACAUACACUACGAGAGUUUAUAGAGAAAAAAAGUAAUAUAUGAAGAAUGUUUCUAUUGGAUGAAAAGAUGAAUAAUUAUGUUUAUUUACCAAAAUUAACGAUGCGUUGGUUUACCUUUUCGAUCGAUAUAUAUCUCGACGGGCCCACGGCCUGUUUGUACAUAGUAUACGUCUGACGCGUUAUCGUGUCCGGUUUCGUUCCGAUUCGAGUUCCGUUGUCCUGUCCCGCGUCCCUUAACACGAGUAAUUAUAAUUUAUUGCUGUGAUUACAUUUAUAACAUGUUAAACUUACUUAGGCGAAAAUAAGUGUGUCUUAUUACAUAUAAAAAUUCUACUGCCGUCGGUUGCUUUCUUAAAAGCAUUAAGAGUCUCUCGUCUCUCUGUUUAGGUACUUUUGUAAUAAAUAACGAUAUACACUCGAUUCAUGUUCGCAGCGAGCACCGAGCUGCGAAGCUAGUCGCUUCCUACGGAGCCUAGACCACAGUACAACGUUCUCACGCGAAACACCUCAAUAAUUAGGGAUAAAUCAUCAUUAUUAUGUAGUAUUUUCACUGCGAUAAGCAUUUUACAAUUAUUUUGCUUAAGAAAAAUCUGUAGUGCCUAAUACGAAAUAAUGUGUCGUAUUUAUUUUAAAUUUAGAAUUUUAGAGGCAGGUUUGGCUAUCGAUUCCCAGUUUCCUUUAUUUUUUUGUUAUGUAUACUUAAACAAAUAGAUUUAUGUUCUACUUAUUAGUUGACACAUGGCGUUGCGUGCAUGUUUAAAGGCAGCUGUUAUGUAGGUUCGAAAUUGUAUAGAAAUCAUAGAAUGGUAGCGCCUGUAAAUGUUCUCCAAAAUAAAUUAUUACGUUCGCUUAGCUACGUUCCUUAAAAACUAACAUUAAAAAGUACAAAAUGGCAGCUUAUUUAACAUGUAUUCGUUAGUUUGAAAAUAAAUGAACUUUUGGCCGAGCUUACUCUAUGGGAACAAUAUAAGGUAGACGAGUUAUGUCGCCAUGCACGCAGCGACACGUGAAGUACCUAAAUAACCAAACCUGCCUCUAACUAAUGCAACAUCUGUACGGUCACCACUUCACCGAAGCAUGUUCUAAGAACUCGAUGAACAAGAUACUGCCCGUAUUCUAGCUACAUCCAAAAGAAAUGCCUUAUUUUGCGGUACCUGUAUUGCGUACCUACAUUGUUGAUGAAUGAAAUCAUAGUAUAUAGAGAAUAAAAAAGUAAUAGAUCUCAAUUACCGAUAAGCGUUGUUCAUACUGUAGGCAUUUUCUCGUCGUUUUCUGGGCAUUCUUAUUUUUAUCAGAGAGGCAAGCAUGGUCGCUUUUGUUUCCCUCAUAAAGUAACCGUCCCUUACUAACGAUGCAAGUAUGAGUAGGACGAAUGCUUUAAGUCGGACAUGACUGCGAUCAUGCUAUAAUAAUCGUUUAGUGCAGGUUUUUGGUAGCUGAAUGUAGGUAUACAUGUUCUUUGAAUACAGUGUCCGUUUCUUAACAUGUUUGAAAGUGUUAGUAUAGUUCGAUUUCAUUCAGUGUUCACUUAACAUUCAUAUCAUCGUCGAACACCAAACAACAUAUAACGAGUACAUAAUGCGUUAUAAUAAUGUUAGUGUGUCUAGGUGCGUGUUGAUUGUCUUCUUUACUAAUGAGUAUGCCACUGUGUCGUAAGUCUACAUUACACGUAUGCCUGGGAUUUUGGAAAAGCAUUUCUAAUAUACGUAUGAUAUGAAGUUGCAUGUCGAUCGGGCUUGCACCGCGGGCCAUGCGCUAGUCGCUUCCAUUCGAUUUCUGUUCUAGAAGUAGGCGAUUCCUAAUACAAACGAAGCACAAAUGUUUAUUGGAGUUACUUAGGCGUCUGUAAGGCGUGAUUGAUAACGAACACACUGCCAUUAUAAUCGUAUGUUGUAUGCGUGAGAUCAUUAGCAGGUUUUCUAUUUGAUUUUCAGUUGUUGUGAAAUGUUAUAUAAAAGACAGUCUAACUUUACGCUAUACGAUGCCUUAUGAAGGCGCGGGCGGGUCGCCGCACCUCCAGUCUACGUGUAGCUUGAGAGUGCCUCGAAAAUCUGAUAUCAAAGUUCCUUAUCUGCCUCUCUAUCGCUAGAAUUUGCAAUAGUGAUAGAGAGGCAAAUAACGAAACUUAUAUUUUCGCGGUAGGCCCUCUGAGGUCAAGCGACGCCUCGCCCGCGAGCUCGAGUUUGUGACAAAUAUAACUGCCAUUCGUUAAGUAAUAGUUAUACAUACAUGGUUCGAUUCGUCGCGUAGUCACCUAACUGAUAGCUUCGUAGUUUUCGGCUUCGUCGGUGCACAGCCGGUCGUAUUUGAUACAUAUUAUUCAAUUUCUAAAUUGUAAUAGAUUUAUUAAGUAUGUAAUAAUGUUACAUGAAAAGUAAUAAGUAAUGAGAUACCCUAAUAUAAUUUGUGUCUUAGCUGGUAAAAAUAUUAGUAUGAAAAUAAGUUUGUAUCGCUUAUUGGGAUAAUAAUGUAAAAGUGAGACGAAACAAGCAUGGAGGCAAGUUAAGCGACCAAGUCGCGGGGAGUACCUAUAGAGAAGUAAACGCGCAUGUGACACCUAUAGAGUUGCAAGCGCCCAUAGACGAUGUCCGCCUACCAUCAGGGGGACCGUAUACGUACGUAUAAAGUGCAGGGGCAGGUUGGGAGACGAGGACGAUAAGACUGGGCGAGGGAGCAGGAUGGAUUAAUCAACCUGUUGUACUUCAUUGCCUUUCUGAAUCUAUUUUAUUUGACAGUAAUAAGUAUGUAUGAGUAGGUAUCAGUGACCAAGCGUGGCACAUCCAGUCUAUUACAAAGUGAGGACUAUAAUGUUGGGGAGUCUACGUCGUUUCCAUUGAAAUGUUGUACAUAGGUACCUUUAGAUUCUAUCGUCAUAUGUUUGACAUAUGUUUAAUUUUAUUCAUCUAAGAAAGUACAGAUGGCUGUUGUUAUUUUUAUAUAAUUUGGGUAGAAGUAUAUUUUUUGUAAAUGACCUCUGUAUUUAUCUUUUGUAAGCUUUGUAAGCCAUAGGGACUUAGAUAAGUGAACGAGCUACGAACAUUGUGAUUGCAAAUUUUUUUAAUUUGUAUUUUACGGCGAUAUUUUUGUUCUACGUGAAUAAUUAUAACUUUCAAUUUGACGGAUUUUUUCUUAAUAAUUUUUGUUACUUCAGAGUGCAAUAUGUACAAAUAUUUACAUAUUAAAUAUAAUGUACAGUCAAUUUUUAGUUUUAAUGUGUAAACGCAAUAUCGCUGAGCAUUCUUGAAUGCCACGGGCCGCAUAAUAAACUAUCACAAGUGGGUGCGACGUGCAACUCUCACUGUUGUGUUUGUCUAAUACUUAAGUGAUUAAUUUUAUAUAGAUGGACUAGGUGAUCUUUGUAUUUAAAUUUGCUAAUUUUUGGUAGCAGAUUAGAUUUGUUUACUUGUAUAAGAUGAAUAAUGUACAUUUUGAAUUGAUUUUAAAGUGAUUUAGUUGUUAUUUAGUAACGAAUUGUCUUAUUAGGUGUAACUGGCAGCCUCGUGGACGGGCUCGAGUCCACUGAUACCAGUGUGAUUGUGCAAUGUCGUUUAGAACAAUUGGGUACUAACAGCAACACACUUGGCCGACCGUUAGUAGACCUUACCUCUGCAUUAAGAUUUAAGAAUGGUCAGUUGACUGUGUCGACGGUGGUACCUCGGCCGGUAGCGGGCUGGCCGAGUAACAACCCGGCCUCCCUGACUGAAGCGCGUCCUCAAGCGACCGCGCCCGCUCGCCGCAGCUAAGGCCACUCUUCAACACACUUCUAGUGCCACGUCGAACGAUAUGUGAAGGCUGAUAGUAAACGAUAAGGGCCCAUUCCGUGUUCAUCGAAACACAAUUUCGUAUUUUAUUUCGUAUCUUACUGUCCGCAAUAAUUACUCUUUUCCUCGUUAUUACUUCGCCUUAGUAAUUGUUUACCCUCUGUUUUGUAUGAUUUAACUGAAGUGGUGGAGCGAAUUAGAUAUAGGGAACAGACAUGACGAUAUGUUAAAUUUUAGAGAGUCAACUUUUAUAAAAGAUAAUAACUACAAAACAAACCAAGAAAAGGUGUGUACAAAAUGAGGAAAUUUGUAUGAAACAUUGUUAUGCGAAUAAACUUACACCUCAAGAUAAAUAUAUUAAAAAUUAUAAAAAAUA